AUGUUUCGUAAUUCAAGAAUACUAGGGUUGAUCUCUAGACCACAAUUUAUCACAAGAAACUUUUCAACAUCAAGAAUAACGAACAACUCAAAACCAACAUUAGCUGAAACAGCUGCUAAAUUUACACAAAGAGAAUCAGAUAUCUCAAAUAUUAGAGGUCCAGGACAAUCAACCACACCAAAAACUGUUUCAUCCACCAAAAAGAUUGAAUUAAUACAUAAAUAUGUCUUGUAUGGUUCAUUUACAAGAAAUAACACACAUUUAACAUUGACUGCCAUCACAGAAGAUAUAAAUUAUUUAAACAGAAAUCCAAAUUUGACUUAUAAUGAUCAAGUUCUAUAUUAUGUUCAUUUACCACAAAAAGUUAAAAUCUCAUUAAGUGGUGGUAAUGUUGGUUUCCGUAAAUCUGCAAGAGGUGAAUAUGAAGCAGGUUUCCAAGCUGCUGCAAAGAUGUUUCAAUUGAUGGAGCAAAAGGGAUAUUUGGAUAAGGAUUUAGAAAUCAUUGUCAAAAACUUUGGUAAAGGUAGAGAAGCCUUUAUUGAUGCAUUAAAGGGUAAAGAAGGUAAUAGAAUCAGAGGUAAAGUUGUUAGACUAAGUGAUAACACCAAAUUGAAAUUCGGUGGUGUUAGAGCACCAAGAAGAAGACGUUUGUGA